UCAACCCUUCGACCUCGUUUCUACAUCUGUUGAUUACAAUUUCAGAUAAACAUAUACUAUCAAAAUGACACCUCGCGCCCCCUUUAUCGUUCCCGCGCUCAAGAAGCACACCGCGACCGUGAUCAUGGCCCACGGUCUCGGCGACAGCGGUGCUGGAUGGAUGGGUCUGGCUCAGAACUGGCGCCGACGGGGCAUGUUCGACGAAGUGGCCUUUAUCUUUCCCAAUGCGCCUAUGAUUCCCAUCACAGUGAACUUCGGAAUGUCGAUGCCCGGCUGGUACGACAUCACCAAACUCGGCCGUGACCUCGACUUCGAAGAGUCCAUCCGCUCGCAAGACGAAGAGGGCAUCCUCCGCUCGCGCGACUACUUCAACGUCCUGAUCAAGGAGCAGAUCGACCAAGGCAUCAAGCCGUCGCGGAUCGUGCUCGGCGGAUUCUCGCAGGGCGGCGCCAUCUCGGUCUUUGCGUCCAUCACGAACAAGGAGAAGCUCGGCGGUGUGUUCGGACUGUCGUGCUACUUGCUUCUGAGCGACCGGAUUAAGAACCAGAUCCCGGAGGACUUUCCGAAUAAGAAGACGCCGUUUUUCCUGGCGCAUGGGUUGGACGAUGAGGUUGUGAACUAUGAGUUUGGGAAGACGUCGUCGGAGUUGGUGAAGCAGUUGGGGGUGGAGGAUGUGACGUUUAAGUCUUAUCCUGACCUUGGACACUCGGCCGACCCCACGGAAAUCCAGGACCUGGAGCAGUUCCUGAACAAGACGAUUCCCGCGGAGAGUGAGACCGCCGCUGGAUUAUGAAUCCGUGAUGGCGAGGGCUAUGUGGGAGGAAUGGGAGUACAGAUGACAUAUGGCGUAGCUGUAGGGCUGAUCCUUCUGGUGGCUGCCAUAUGGGCGUCGAAGGUCAGGAGCCGGGAUCAAGCAGAACCAUGAACCUAUAUUGAUUGCUAUGAUAUGUAGAGCUAAUCAAUAAUGAUAUA